AUGCUUGCAGACCAGGCAGACCGUGCCCCCAGUGGCUUCAACACAUGCGGCGUGUUGGAGAAGCAGUCAAUGCGUGCGAUGCAGAGCGCGUCGCAGAAAACGGCCUGGAGUGCGCACGAUGCACUAGCCGAGUGCGCAUUGGGCACGCUGGCGACCCUCCUUCUAGUUUCACUUUGCAGCGCGGACUGCUCUGGAGAGGCACCUGCAGCUUUCGAUGAGGUAUGGCGUGCGCUUCUACUGGGCCCAGGGGCCAUUCCCUUGUACAUGCUGGGCACCUCUUCCUGGCCCAUCGCUUCUCUUCUCGCCAAGUGGCAGUCUUUCUGCGGGCACCGAUCCCAGUCGGAGGCCAGCGCCGAGCUGUGCAGACAGGAACAGUCGCAGCAAUUCUUGAUGCACACGGAGCAAGCCGCACAGGAGCAUCUGAUGCCCCUGCUCUGGCAGCCUCGCGAGAAAGCCGGGGCGGCGGAGGUCAAGCUCGGCAUCUUUGUGGCGAGCACGCUGCGCCGCUUGAGCGUGUUCCUGAACAGCGGGCCGCGGGCAGAGCCGGACUUUGCCACGACCUGCCAGGAGGUGAUGAGUGCAGAGGCAGCCGCGCUUCUGCUGAUCCGUUUGUUGGGCCCUCCGGUGUCGCGAGAUCCGCUGCACUGGCCGCGCCUGCUGGAAUUCACCUCGCUCCUGGACGCGCCCUUCACCCGGCUCACCCGGAUGCCUGCGGUCUUCGCUGCCGUGGUGGCCGCCUCCCAGUUCGUGGCCUGGCGCUCGCACGACGUUUUUCUGGACGUCAAGAACUGGGAGGUUCGACGAGUUCUGCAGAAAGCGCUCGCCAUCCAAAAGGACUGCCAGACGGACUGCGACCUGCUACAACAGUUUCACCAGGCGGACGUCGUCCAGAAGCUUUGGCAGGCCGUGAGCUCAAGCAACGAGUUGCCACCGCUUUGGACGCAACUCAGCCGGUGGCUGCUGGGCGGUUUGGACCGCCCCCGUGCAGGUUGCGCGGCAGCUCCGCCAUCUCCUCAGCAAUCGGGCGUCACUGCAUCGCCCGUUUACGUGGCGGUGGGCUUUGGAUCUAUCGACGAGCGCUGGCUGCGGUAUUUCCUGGAUCGUGCCGUGGAUGUGAGGCUGCCGCGGCUCAUUUUUCUGACACCCGAAGCGCGAUGGCUGCUGGCCUGCGAAGAUGUGCGGCAAAGCCGUGACUCAUCGGCGGGUUUGUUGUGCCUUCGCUUUGCCUCGGCCUCUGUAAAGCCGCUGGACGUACACAACAAGGCAAAGUUUUACUUGUUCCCUGUGCUUCUCGCGCUUGGAGUGGACAUCAUUUCAAUUGACUUGGACGUGUUCCUGUUCAAGGAUCCGACUCUCAGACUGUUGGAGACGGUGUAUUGCUCAAAGGCAUCUCCGUUGGAUGUUGCUGUUACAGAUCAUUUUGAUGGCACCUGCUUGAACGCCGGCGUGCUGUUCGUUCGCUCUAGCGAUCGCUCGCUUCUUUGGGCACUGCACUAUAUCCGUUGGAUGCAUUUGUAUCCCUUCGGUCACUACCAAAAUGGUCUGGAUGCGUUCCUUGGGCAUUCGGUCACGGAGCCGCAGAUGAUGGGCACCGAGAACGUGUCUUAUGCCGUGCUGUCCACGGACCUCGAGUACGCAACGAUGGCAGGCUGGACAGGGUCCUGGCAGACGCAGCGGCACCGCGUCCUAUUGCUCCACUUCACCUCGGCCAAUCCGGCUGGCCUGGUGCACUCUGCGAAUCAGGCCAAGCUGCUCCAGCUUUUCAACGCCACGGCACGCCGGCCUGGCGAGAAGGAGCCAGACUUGCGGCGACUUCAGAUGGCCAAGUGGAAGGUCCUUCGUCGCUUGCACACUGCCCCCAGGUGGAAAACUCCCUGCUACGUGGGCAUCCACUCGACGGUGGCUCAGGUGGUGGAGGCGGGGCUCUACGAGGAACUCUUGGCGUAA